AUGUCGUCAAAUACGUCCAUGGAUGCCAUUCUUACGGCCAUCAACAAUCUGAAGCAGGAGGUAACCGGUCUGAGAUCGAGCCUAAACUCUGCCGAAGACAGAAUUGCUAGGCUCGAGGCAGCGACCUUCACGCCGUUCGGUCCUCUCUCGCCGUCCGAAAAUGCGCCAGAAGUCGUUCAACAUACGUCGAACCAGGGUGACGAUGCCGGCAAGCAAAGCUCUUUGGAAAAGACCGGCAUACUGGAAAGUGCUCUCACUACCUCUCCGCCGCGCUCGAACCAGGAAGCCCCCGACAAGACUGCGCAGGUAGAAAACACUUGCCCGCCGAAAGCUCUCUGCGAUAUUCAACAACAUCUGAAACCGGUCAACGAUAGCCUUGCAGCGAUUACGAAGCAGCUUUCCCGCAUCGAACUCGCUAUCAACCAUUCUACCUCCACCAGCCACUCGCCGCCAUCAUCUUCGCCAGGUUCUAUCAAAACUCACGAUGCCCAGACUACAGAUCCGACACCGUCGAAGAAGGAAAAUGAACCACAUAGCCUGGCCAAGGAGCAAUCAUCAUCUCUUGAUAAAUUCGGGACUUUCCGCCGUAAUCUGGAAAUCUCGGGCUAUAAAAAAAUUGCCGAAAACGCUCGCCCUGUUUUCGGUCUGCCUUCUACACCAAGCCGACGAGUUUCGUCGCUGAAUUUCGAUGUCGCUGCUUCUCCAUUUGGGAGCUACAGUGAUGAAAGGUCUCCAUUCAGUCUGCUUGCGAAGCCGGCCGGUGCUAGCAAAGCCGGUACGUUGAGCGCCGAGCCCUCUACUCCAGCAUCCUGUUUUCGUGGGCUCGGCUCUGACCCUCGAACAGGCUUCGGGACACCUGGUGCAACAGGGAGGAGAAACUAG